GAAUCCUAGAACAAUAGGAUUCAGAAUCAGCGGGAGCUACCCAAUCCAACUCCAGGUGGAAGUGAAUCCGCAACCUGAUUGGCCUGCUGGAGCAGCCAAUCAGGCGGCUGGCAGAAGUGAAUCUGCUACCUGAUUGGCCUGUAGGAGCAGCCAAUCAGGCUGCAGGCAGAAGUCAAUCCACAAUAUAAUUGGCCCACAGGUGUAGCCCUGAAGUAGCCAAUCACGCAAGGCCCAUUGUGUAAAUAAUGUAUAUAAGCAGAUGGUUUUGGGAAAAGAGCCAUUCUUCUUCUCCUCUUCUCCUUGAUGACUAUGAGCUGAAUAAAGAGCAUGAAAUUCACUCUCGACUCCGAGUACAUUUCACUGGCGACGAAGGUGGGAUCCUGCUGAGCUGACCGCCACCACGCACUGCACCGCAGCACCGCCACCUGCUGCACCGCUGCAUCGCACCGUGCAUCCAGGCUUCAGCUCCAGGACCCAAGGAACCCAGAAUGGCAACCGACAGCAGCUUCUCGCCAUUCAAACCAGCAUCAGGAGACUGGGAAGGGUACGCCGCCCGUUUCAACUUCCUCCUGCAAGCGAAAGAAGUCACCAACGAUGCCAUGAAGAGGGCGACAUUCUUCAGCGUCUGUGGAGAGGAGACGUUUGAAAUCGCCCGGGCUCUCCUUGCACCUAGAGAUGUCGCUACCGUCUCUUACAAAACAAUAAUGGAACGGCUGAAGGAGCACUUCUCACCACAGCCCUCGGUGGUAGCUUGCCGAAAUGCCUUCUACGCAAAGCGGCAAGCCCCGGGGGAAACCAUAACUGGGUUUGUGACCUCCCUCCGCCAAGCCGCCCGGCUAUGCAACUUCUCAGAGUUGGAGAACAUGCUUCGUGACCGCCUCGUCGGUGGCCUGAGGAACGAGAUGUUGCAACGACGCCUCUACGCAAAAAAAGACCUCACGUUCCAGAUUGCUCUGGAGGAAGCCCUGGCAACCGAAGCCGCCGAGAGGUCAACGCAAGAGGCACGACCGGCCCCGCCAUCCCAACCGAGGGUCUACCACGAAGACCUCACCGACGAAUCCGAAUCUGACAGGGAGGAAGUACACCGAGUACAGCGGCGCACUCAAGCAGCACACACACCACAGCAGCCUCGACGAGAAGGAGGGAACUGUGCAAGCUGCGGGGAGAACCACGAGAGGAGGACCUGUCGUUUCCGCAACGCAGAGUGCAGGCAGUGCCGAAAAUUGGGACACAUCGCCCGGGUGUGUCGGGCUCGACUCACCCGUCGACAAGCAUCAGAUGACCGACCCAGGAGCCCCAGGUCACACGGCACCAUGCACCAAGGCAACUCGACGGAGAUCACGGACUACCAGGUAUUCCAGUUGCCCCAUCCCAGCACAGAGAAAAUUUAUAUAGAGGUACAGAUAGAGGGAGCCCCAUGCCGCAUGGAGCUGGACACGGGUUCAACUCUAUCCAUAAUCUCGGCCCGAACAUUAAGGGAACUGUGCCCUAAUGGGGGUCCCAAACUAAGGCCGGCCCCAUUCACCCUCCGGGACUUCCAGAAACGUAAGGUCCCUACAAUGGGGGUGGGGACCUUCAGGGUGCAAUAUCGAGGGCGAAAGCAACAAUUGGACUUGCUGGUAGUUAAGGGCCCCUACGUUAGCUUACUGGGACUGGCAUGGUUUGGACCUCUGGGGCUAGCCGUUACCGGGGUGAACCGCACUAGCUUACAAGUGGACGUGGACGCCAUAUGCAAAGAGUUUCCAGGGGUUUUCGAUGGGGCAUUGGGACGAUAUACAGGACCCCCCAUUGCCCUACAGCUAGACCCCGCUGUACGACCCAUCAGGCACAAGGCCCGCCGGGUCCCGUUCACCCUGAAACCCCGCAUAGACGAGGAAUUGGACCGGCUCGUGGAGCAAGGAGUGCUGGAGCCGGUGCCCAACGCCCCCUGGGAAACUCCAAUUGUCACACCCGUCAAGCCUAACGGUUCGGUCCGCAUCUGUGCAGACUACAAAUGCACCAUAAACAAGGCUCUCACGGCCCAUGCAUACCCAGUGCCAGUGGUCAGCCAUGUCCUCGCCACCCUGGCUGGGUCAAAAAUCUUUGGCAAACUGGACUUGGCCCAAGCGUAUCAACAGUUGCCUGUGGACGAAGCCACAGCAGAGGCUCAGACGAUUGUGACGCACAGAGGGGCAUUCAGAGUAAAGCGGCUGCAAUUUGGCGUUAGCGUGGCACCAGGCAUAUUCCAGAAUCUAAUGGACUCUCUCCUUAAAGGGAUUCCUGGCGUCACCCCCUUCUUCGAUGAUGUACUGAUCGCCGGGCCCACACCAGAGGAAUUUGAGGACCGCCUCCGCUCCGUCCUGCACCGUUUCCAGACGGCGGGCCUCAAGGUGAAGCGGGAAAAGUGUUUACUGGGAGUGCCGCAGGUGGACUUUCUGGGAUUUAAGGUGGACGCAGAAGGGGUCCAUCCAACCGGUGACAAGGUACGGGCCAUUUGUGAGGCCCCAGCGCCCAAGAGCAAGCCCGAACUUCAGUCAUUCUUGGGACUAUUGAACUUUUACCAUGCCUUCCUUCCCCAUAAGGCAGCGGUAGCGGAGCCCCUACACAGACUCCUAGAUAAAAGGGCCCCUUGGGUGUGGGGCCAGCGACAAAGGGCCGCAUUCCAGGCAGUCAAGGACUUGCUCGUCUCGAACUCGGUCUUGGCACACUUCGACGAGAGGCUGCCAGUGGUGCUGGCAUGCGACGCCUCUCCCUAUGGCAUCGGCGCUGUCCUGGGACACCAACUCCCGGAUGGAAGAGAGGUGCCGGUGGCAUACUUCUCCCAGACGCUUGCUGCAGCCGAACGAAACUACUCACAGAUUGACAAGGAGGGUCUGGCAAUCGUGAAGGGCGUAAAAAAAUUCCAUGAUUUCUUGUACGGCCGGCCCUUUACCAUAGUGACUGACCACAAGCCGUUGCUUGGCCUGUUUGCCCCCGAGAAGCAGACCCCCCAAGUGUUGUCUCCACGUGUCCUCAGGUGGUCAAUUUUCCUUGCCGGCUACCAGUAUGCACUAAUCCACCGCCCUGGGAAGGCGAUGGGCCACGCAGACGCCCUCAGCAGGCUACCACUACCAGAAACAGGCCCCGACCCAGCGCCUGCGCAAGAGGUUAUGACCCUGGAGCUGCUUCCCGACCGACCCAUUCAGGCACAAGAAGUUGCGCACCAUUCCACAAAAGAUAGGGUCAUCUCCCGGGUCCUGGACUGGGUGUGGCGAGGAUGGCCCAGCAGCAGCCCCGGGCCAGAAUUCGCUGGCUACACAAACCGCAAACAUGAACUGUCGGCCCACAAGGGGUGCCUGUUAUGGGGAAGCAGGGUUGUUGUUCCCCAGCCCCUCCGCAAAAGGGUCCUCACAGCCCUACACGAGACACACCCAGGGGUAGUGAGGAUGAAGGCCCUUGCCAGGAGUUAUGUGUGGUGGCCGGGGAUUGACAGAGAGAUAGAGGCCUGGGUCCAACACUGCCAGACCUGCCAAGAAUCCCGCCCGGAUCCCCCAAGGGCCCCAGUCCAGCCCUGGGAGUCCGCCCGACAUCCAUGGUCACGCUUGCACGUGGACUUCGCUGGCCCCUUCCAGGGAAAAACAUUCUUCAUAGUGGUGGAUUCCUACACCAAAUGGCUGGAGGUCGCACUGGUACCGUCCACUUCUACGGCGGCAGCCAUCCGGGUACUACGUAAGCUUUUUGCAACCCACGGGCUCCCUGACACCCUCGUCUCGGACAAUGGAACCGCAUUCACGUCAGAGGAGUUCCAGAUCUUCACAGCGCAGAACGCCAUCCGCCACAUCCGCUCAGCACCAUUCCACCCUGCCACCAAUGGCCAAGCGGAGCGCAUGGUGCGGACCACCAAGGACAGCCUCCGCCGCAUGACACAAGGGGACUGGGAAUACCGCCUUGCCGCAUUUCUUCUAGCACAGCACAGCACCCCAAGCACAACGACGGGCCGGAGCCCAGCUGAACUACUAAUGGGCCGGCGCCUUGCAACUAGACUGGACCGACUUCACCCCGACAGAGCUCAGGAUGAGGUAGUGGUGGGGAAAGGCAGGAACCCCCGGACAUUUGUGGCCCAGGACGCAGUGUACGCAAAGAAUUUUGGGGCAGGCCCAGCAUGGGUACCCGCCACAGUCACCAAGGUGACCGGUCCCGUGUCGUACGAGGUACUAACGGAAGGGGGGCAAUGUUGGCGCCGCCACUGCGACCAGCUACGGCGACGAUUCCCAGGAGGAACCCGGGAGGAGAGCGGGACAGAGGGGUCCCAAGGGGACAGCAGGGCAGUGAGGCCUGUAGAGCGAGAGGGGUGGACAGGGGAAGCAGAAGCAGUAGGCACAGAGGGGCGCCCCGAGGCUGGAAGGACACCGGAACCAGAGCCACAACCUAGUGGUUCAGUGGCGCCAGACCAGACAGCCCCGGCACAGCCAGCAGCCUCGGAACACGAGCCAGAACCAGAACCCCUGACCAAGGAACACCCCAGGCCACAACGCACACGGAGGCGGCCAGCAGACCUUGGGGACUACGAAUGCAACUUCCCGGGCAGGACUGGAACUUAGAGGGGAGGGGUGUUGUGUACUGAGCUGAAUCCUAGAACAAUAGGAUUCAGAAUCAGCGGGAGCUACCCAAUCCAACUCCAGGUGGAAGUGAAUCCGCAACCUGAUUGGCCUGCUGGAGCAGCCAAUCAGGCGGCUGGCAGAAGUGAAUCUGCUACCUGAUUGGCCUGUAGGAGCAGCCAAUCAGGCUGCAGGCAGAAGUCAAUCCACAAUAUAAUUGGCCCACAGGUGUAGCCCUGAAGUAGCCAAUCACGCAAGGCCCAUUGUGUAAAUAAUGUAUAUAAGCAGAUGGUUUUGGGAAAAGAGCCAUUCUUCUUCUCCUCUUCUCCUUGAUGACUAUGAGCUGAAUAAAGAGCAUGAAAUUCACUCUCGACUCCGAGUACAUUU